UAAAGAGCGAGAAAAAAUCGUGAAAAAGGGCAAAAAGAAAAAAAACGUAAGAGAAAUGGGAAUAGUGGCAGGGAUCGGAGUUCUAUUGCCAUUUCCGUUCUACUGGUGGCUAUGGACGAAUCCUCAGUCUUGGGUGAAUCUCUGCGGACAUGGAAGAGACCCAUCGAUGGUGAUGGCGCGUGUUUCCCACGUGCUCAAGGCUGCUCAAAUUCUCUCUCUCUUCUCCGUCGCCUCUCUCUCCUGGCCGCCUCCGCUCUACUUCUGGCCUCUCAUGGCCUUUGGCCAGUUUCUCAACUUCAGGGUAUAUCAACUGCUAGGUGAAGCUGGAACUUAUUACGGUGUUAGAUUUGGGAAGACAAUACCGUGGGUUACAGAGUUCCCAUUUGGAGUCAUCAGAGAUCCGCAGUAUGUUGGGAGUAUCAUGUCUUUAUUGGCUUGCCUCUCUUGGAUUCCAUUCCAAUACAUCCUCCUCUGGUGCCUCGGUUAUGUUUUCAUGAUGCUUGUAGAAUCAAAAGAGGAUCCAAGUGCUCGUGCCAAAUCCGUCUCCUGAUUCCUCUGCAUAACCCACUAGUUAGAAGAGCUUAACUUCCAUGAAAGCCAGGUCCUUUAUUUACUAUCUUGUUGUUUGAUUGUUUUCUUUCCGAGUUUUGUAACCGAACUGAUUUCACAGUUCCAUGGAUAAUGCUGCUGGAGUUUAUACA